CAAGAGUAAAGUUCUUUGAGUUAUUUAUAUAUAUAUAUUACAAAAGGGCAAACUCAUCCUAAAUGUCAGUCCGAUAUCCACGGAGGCGAGAGACAGCAGGUGAGAAACCUGGAAAUGAGCCUGAAGAGGUGAAACUGCAGAAAGCCAGCAAACAGAUUGUGCAGAAUGCCAUCUUGCAAGCUGUGCAGCAAGUCUCCCAGGAGAGCCAGCAGAGGGGAGAGAGAACCAGUGACAGCCGGGGCAGCCUCCAACUGGGCGUGGGGGAAUUAACCAAGAAGCAUGAAAAGAAGUAA